AGAUGUGAAAUCAAUGUGCCGGAACAGAAAAGGGGUGGGGAAUUGUAGCAGCAGGCUGAUAAGGGCUCCUUGUAACCUAGCAACCAGCCAGGCCUGCCAUUACAGAGGGGAACUGCUUCAGCUGUGAGCGAUCUGCUCGAAUGUCUCAACUUCACUUCCUUCGGAAAAAGGGUUCGUUCUCCCGGCAAUGGCGGUGCAAUGCAUCUUAAUCUUGGCAGGACUUGCGUUUCAAUUUCUCUGUCAAACUCCUACAAUUCUGGGUGCCUCUUUGUUUCAUGAUGACUGCUGCAUGGAUGAACUGGAUGUGAAUGGAACCUGUCCAGUUAACACUCCGUGCAGACCAGGUUGUUAUCGGCAUCACUUUGAGAAUGGCACCACAUGCCUCCAGUGCAAGUCUUUAAUACUGCUGUAUAAUGUGACAGAAUGCAGCAACAUGAACUCCAAUGAAACCUAUUUGUGGACAAAUACAAGCACUGCCGCAGCACCACCUCAACCCACAAUUGGUGGACCAGCAGUAGCAGCCUCUCUUCUCUUAGGAACGCUGUUUAUAAGUUUGUUUCUAAUCCUAUCGGUGGCUUCCUUUUUCUACCUCAAACGAUCCAGCAAACUUCCGGAUGUUUUCUACAGACGAAACAAAGCAUCUAUAUUGCAACCCAGUGAAACAGCAGUGAUGAUUCCUACCCCAACAUCAUCAGUACGGAAGCCAAGAUAUGUAAGAAGGGAAAGACCUUCAGUCAUAUCUACUUCAGCUACAAUGUCAUCAGCCACAACCACAAGAGUGAGCAAUGUGUAAAGGUUUCAGCUGUAAAAACAUGCGACUUAAACACAAAAAAGGAUGCUCAAAGGAGUGGUUUUCUUCAGUGCAUGAAGAUAAAGGUUUGGACAAAGACAGAGCGUAAUAGUUAUUCCAUCCACUUUGUGCAAAAAUACUGUGGGCACCUAAGCAAGAAAAAAAUAGGGAAGAGAUGUUAACAUGUAACAAUAUUUAAUUGUGAUUUGCAAUUCACUGCUACUUACUAGUCUUACUUCCCCAUUUAUAUUUGGCAGUGUGGAUCAGGUACAAGAGAAAAGUGUAUAUAGCUUUUGUUUGAUUAUUUUAAUGUCUUUAAUAAUGCACUCCUAGGUUUAUUGAGCUGUGACAAAGCACUAUUCGUCUACUUCUGUUUUCCUGACUAAAGCUCUUUUAAUUUUUUUAAAAUGAUUUAUUUAUCUACAUGCUGUAACUGGUAGAAACCCUUGAAGGGGAGGGUGGGUUCUUUUUUUAGAAAUAAGUCACAUGCCAAAGAAUUCUUUUUUUAUUGCCAGGAACUAAAUGGACUGCCAAGAAUAAUUUUGAACUUGGAUACACUCUCAUAGAUGGCUUAGUUGCUCAGGCAAAUUAAUUUAGUUUAGUUCAUAGUUGUUGAUCAAAAAGUCAUAUUUAAGUCCUGCAGUUGCCUGGUUAUGAAAUCCAUGUGAGUCUCUACCACACAGUCAGUGUUUUGUUAAACGUCCAGGGCUGUAACCUUCACAAAGGACGCAAUCUAGAAACUGGUUAUACGUCAGUCACUACAGGACAACAUCAGAGCUUAAAAAAGAAAGUUUCAACUAAUGUUGGUCAAGAGUAGACUGAUAUUCAUUCAUCAAUCCUACGCAGUGAAAUGAUGAAAAUAAGACUAAGCCCUAAUCUUACUACAAGAGUGGCAAUCAUAUGAAGAUGUAAAAGGUUCUAAGAGUGUUUACCUAUGUGACGUACACUUGAAGAGUAAGUAGCGGGGUUCCAAAAAAUAUAGCUUAGUGCUGUUGUAAUAUUUUAUUUCCUUGUCAUACGCAAUGUGACAUGUCAAUCCAAUUGACUGCCUCUGUGUUAGGAAAUCUAGAAUGAUGUAUUGCCAAAUGUUUAUUCGAAGUAAAAUUAUUUUUAAAAACUUUGUGGCAGUGUGUCAAAGUGGUUUGCACUUUCUGUACUUGUGCUUCAUCAUGUAUGUAUAUAAUUGUUUUAAAUAGUUUGCCAAAAGUGUGCCAAUAUUUCUGUCUUAAUGUUUUUGCUUUUGUAUAGCAUAUGGGAUAUAAAAGCCCUAAUUUAUAAUUAAAUAUAAAGGUUGUAUGAAAUAUUCUACAUGGAAAACUAACGGCCUAACAAGAAAAUACAUUUGCUAGAUCACAGUGGGGUCUGAUUUUGAUCCAAACGUUGAUCGUAAUAACCAUCUACAUCUAUGGCCAAAAUUCUGCAAAAUGAUGUUGCAAAAGUCUACCGGAAGCCAUAAUAGUAAUACAAUAUUUCUUGUUAGAUUGUGAUAUGACACUGCCAUUUUUUCAAUUUUUAUUAGUUUUUUGUUAAGUAUAUGGGAAAACAACAAUACGGUACGUAAUUCAAUAUGUUAACGUAACAUUAUUCAGCAGGUUUCAUUUUACUUUUGUGAAGGAAAAUUAAUCUAUUCUGUAGGGUGAGGCAAAACUUUUGGUCGUAGCUGUAUAUUAUAUUUUAUUUUACCCAAAAGCAUCAAUGCAUUGAUCAUGUAUUAAUAUUACUAAAUACAGUAAAAAUACAGUGGAGCGAGGUUUAAAUCAGGUUUAUUUAUCUUGGGCCGGUGCUUUCAAGAUCUGCCGCUGUUAAGAUUUGUAAACUAGACCCCAAUGUAUCAGUCCAGUAUGUUGUUUGAUAUCUAAAUUUAAAAUAAAUAGAAUUUGGAUGUUUGAUUCUGCAUUGUGGGGAUUGCUCUCUAUAGUGUACAGAACAGCAUACUUGUUUUAGUACUAAACUGAUUCUGUGCGUGUACCUUUGUACGUACGAUCAAUGUAAGUGUCUUUGAUGUGAUCUCUUUCGAAAACUGUAUUAGGAGACAAUAUCCUCCUUUUUGAAACGGCACUGGCACUUAGUGGUUUUGUCGAUUAUUCAAAUUUUAAACAAAUAUAUGCAGAGGCAUUUCCUUAACCAAAACCCAAAGCGCAGAUAUUUCCCUGGUGGUGUUGAAUUCAAUGGGCUGCUGUUAGGUUUAUAUGAUUUAAUCUGAACUUGUCAUGUGACCAAAGUGCUGUAUUACCAGUAGCAAAUUACAUUUGCCUCCAUGGACUAUAAUGAAGCCCUUUUUGGGAUUUUUACGUAAACAAUAUUUACAGCACUGUUUUUGUGUAAUAGAAGAGAGGAAAAAAAAUUCCAGUGCUGUCCUUAGCAAGUCGGGGGGGGGGGGUGAGAACGGAUACUGUCAUUAGAUAUUUUGUAUGCUUGGUAUAAGACAGCAUAAAUAAUAUUUAUAUACUACAGCUGUUAUACAGCAACUAUAUGACUUGUAAUUGUGUACAUAAAUGUUUAUAUAUAUAUAUAUACAGAACAUGCUGCAUUUAUUAUUUUAUUUUGUACGUAUUGCAAAAUGUAGUUUUUGUAUGUCUGUUA